UUCAGCCACACUAAAUCUCUUCAAUUAUCUCCCUCAUAAUCUACCAUGUUUAUUAUUUUCCUCAAUUAAUGUCUCAAAUGAAAUACCGCAUACGUCUAUUGUACAUCUUUUUGGUUCUUUUUAUAGGGUCUCUUUCGGGUUCCCUCUAUGAAGAUUGUGCCCCGCAACACUGUGGUAACGAUAUAAACAUAAGCUAUCCAUUUUUCGUUGGAGGUUUACAAAGAUCGUAUUGUGGGUACCCGGGUUUCGAGCUCCAAUGCAACUUCAAUGGCCUCCCAUCAGUUCUUAACAUAUCUGGAACUAACUACUCAGUUAACGAUAUUGACUUCCAACAAAAAUCUAUGCGGUUGGUUCAUGCCCCAACCAGCACGUGCCCCUUGGAUAUCAGAAACAUAACACUUGGUUCUGAUAGCCAGCUGGUAGGGGUGUUUCCUGCCGGUUUAACUUCGGAGCUUAUUUUUCUUACGGAAUGUUCAAAGGAAGUGCCAAAUAAUAUGACAGAGUAUAGGAUUGGGUCUUGUGAUCCAGAUGUUAUGUUGGUAAUGCUUGGUGAUGAUGAACAUUUGGAAAUGGCAAAGGAAUUUUGUAAUAGCGUUGUUGUGGCGCCGGUGGAAGUGCCCGGUGAUCAGGUGGUGGUUGGUGGAAAUUAUACAGAGGUAAUGAAGAGGGGAUUUACGAUGAGCUGGUCUGCACCAGGUUGUAACCAGUGUGAGCAGAGUGGAGGAAGGUGUGGAUGGAUUGAUUCCCAGUUCCGGUGUCUCUGCCCGAGUUCGAUCGACGUUAAGGAUACGUGCCCAGUUGGAGAUACAAGCAAAAAACAAGGAAGCACAAACAAAAAACAAGUAAUUCUUGUCACAGCUCUUUGUGUAGGAUUUGUGAUAAUAUUGGUUGUUAUAAUCUUAUGUUUCUUAUGGAAACUUAAACAAAGAAGAAAGACAAAGAAUUCUAGUAAUGUGGAAAAUUUUCUAAAAAAUCAUGAAUUCCUUGCCAAAAGGUACUCGUAUUUGCAAGUAAAGAAAAUGACAAGCUCCUUCCAAGUCAAACUUGGACAAGGUGGCUUUGGUUUUGUGUAUAGAGGAGUGCUAAGUAAUGGAAACUUAGUUGCAGUGAAGAUUUUAAAUAAAUUGAAAGGUAACAAUGAAGAUUUUAUAAAUGAAGUAGCAAGUGUUGGUAAAACUUCCCAUGUAAAUAUUGUAAGCCUUGUGGGAUUUUGCUUCGAGGGCAAUAAAAAGGCAUUGAUUUAUGAGUUCAUGCCUAAUGGAUCACUUGAGAAGUUCAUAUAUGACCAAGCUUCUUCGAGUAAUAACCAACUUGGGUGGGAAAAGUUGCAUGAGAUAGCUAUUGGGAUUGCACGAGGCUUAGAAUACUUGCAUAUUGGUUGUAAUACGCGGAUCUUGCAUUUUGACAUAAAGCCCCAUAACAUUCUUUUGGAUCAAGAUUUUUCUCCCAAGAUAUCUGACUUUGGCCUUGCCAAGCUAUUCCCCGAGCAAAGAAGCAUGAUAUCCAUGUCACGUAUGAGAGGAACACCAGGAUAUAUCGCUCCUGAAGUAUAUUCUAGAAAUUUCGGGCAGGUAUCCCAUAAAUCAGAUGUUUAUAGUUAUGGGAUGAUGAUUUUGGAAAUGGUUGGAGGGAGGAAAAAUAUUGAGGUUCGAGAUAAUCAUACAAGUGAAAUAUACUUUCCUCAUUGGAUAUAUAAAAAGGUCGAAUUAGAUGAAGAACUUGGGCUACGUAGCAAUAUGAGCGAUAAAGAAAACGAGAUGGCAAGAAAAAUGAUUAUCGUGGGCUUGUGGUGCAUACAAACAAAUCCCUUGAACCGACCAACAAUCACAAAAGCGUUAGAAAUGUUAGAAGGGGACCUGGAAUCAUUGGAAAUUCCUCCAAAACCUUAUUUGUCUUCUCCAUCAAAGUUAGUUGGUUCCUCACUUACAGAUUAAUUAAUUAUAUCUUUAUUUUUCAUUUACUAGCCUCCAAAACCUUAUUUGUACAUGGGGACAUUUGGUGCACAAAAUACUCAAACAUAUUGGUAAUCACUAUUUAUGGCGUUCUCAUGUAAUAAGGGACCUGUUGAGAAAUCCAUUCAUAAUGGAAAACUUGUUAUU